AUGGAUCUGGAAGGCCUUAGACAUGUUCUUCAGUCGCUGGUACGUCACCAGGAUUUUCUUAUAGCGGAACAGCACGCCAGCAGCAUCUUUCACUACUCUCCUCCUCUUCAGUGCCGGGUGGCCUACACUGGGUCUCCCAGGAGCUCCCAUAUUCCGCAGAGCCAGGUUUUCCGACAUUACAUCCUCCCCGGACAUCAUUUCCUCUUCCUCCAGUACAACUAUAAAAUGCUCAGACUGACCUUCGAAGCUCUGUUCACUCUGGUUGUAGAAACCGCCCUGCUGAUCAAAGUUGUUCUCCUCAAAAGGUAUGGAGAUUUCAUACGAGUCCUCAUUUUUGGGAGCUUUAAAGAAGAAAGUACGGUCAUCAUGUCAACUGAGAAUGAAGGCCUGGCUCACUGUAAACUCAUCCUGCUGUUCGCUGUGCUCAUGGAUCUCCUCGGCAUUACUGCUGUCCUGGUUGGAGUGUUUGCCCCGCUGGAGGUUAAAGGUCGUGAUUUUGGGGAUCUGCUGGUGUACUCGGGUGUGCUGCUGGUACUAAUCUCAAUGGGAGGCUGGGUCAUGUGGUACAGUGGGAACAUUGAGGGCUUGACCUCAGCUACAGAGCUGGGUUAUAAACCAGGAGCAAUAGAUCGCCUGGCUCGCACGCUCAGUCAGCGCAUACGCAAGAGUCGCCGCCGCAGCCACGCUACACCCUGACCCCUCUCACAUUAAAACAGGCCUCAAACUAAGUGGAUUAGAAUCUUAAAGACAAGAUAAUAAUCAGUGUAAUUCUGCAACGUUCAGUGUUCUAAGAACAAUCAUCUUUCUCUAAAAAAAACACACUGCCAAGAGAAACUGUACUGCUGAGACAACACUUUAAACAAGAAUGCUAACAGAAAAUGCUCAUUUGUUUACAUAAUAAAUGUUUUGAUAAGUUAUGAAACCAUUUAGUUUACAUUUUUGUAUGUAUUAUGUUUGACAGGUGAUGAUAUUAUUAAUCAUGCACCACUUAUAUCAUUAUAAGUACAUAAACCUUUAUUGUCGUUCAGAAUAUUAUCAUAUAAUCAUAUAAUAUGUAAAAUAAUAAAAUUAUGCAUAAUUAGUGUUUCUCUCUGUAAAGGAAUUUCAUCAGAAAAACAUUAACAAAGCAUUUGUCUUUCUAAUUUCUUUUUUUUUACUGUACUGCUUUGUAAUUGUAAUUUCUCAUUAUGUGACAGGGAAGACAACUGGACUAUUUAAUGGGAUAAAGAAUAACUGACAUGUCAACAUGACAAAUGGACAGAUAGAAAUGGUGUACUCUUAAGUUUUUUUAUAAUGUUUAAAAGUUACUGUGAUAUAUAUGUUUUUACAUUGAAGUAAAUCAAUCUUAAAAAUUAUUUUAAAUGGCUGUGUCUAGUGGGCAGCAACACCAUAUUUCUUGUGACAGACUAGGGUUCAAUUUACCACUAUGACUCCUUGGGAAAAACUCUAAUUACAUUCACCUACCUGCGUAACAUGAAUUAGCUGUAAGUCACUUUAUAUAAAAAAUGUCACAUUAACAAAUGUAAAUGUUAAUUAACAGACCCCUACUUCUAUCACUGUUGUUUUUCCCUGUAAAUUCCCUAAGAACUGUAUUUACCUACAUAUACACUAUGUGCAGGGAGAGUUAGAUAUUUGUAAUAAAGUGGAAAAAAUCAACUCAUUAAAACAUUUUUAUAAAAUA